AUGCAAGCCGUACGCCUGUUUCACUUCGGACGAAGUUCCAAGGUCAAUCUUAUCAAGCGCGACAAUUUUGUCCUCGCUGUUCCCUUCCCCAACCACACGGCUGACUACGUGACCGAGUCCGAUCCGGCUCAGUACGCGAUCACUCCGCUGGAAGAUCACCCGUACUCUGUCUUCAACGAGGUGCUCACCCUCGUCAUCGAAGGACCGGUGCUCUUCGUCUUGCUCGUUGUCGCGGACGGCUACUGGCUGCGCCGCCUCGACCAACAGUUGAGCGCGCCGGGGUCCAGCGACGACCACCCGCCCCUGCCUGUUGCUAGACGCCUCGCCGCACGAGGGGCGGUCAUACAGGCUGCUAAGUACGAGGACACCGAUGUGGUAAACGAGGACAAGCUGGUGAACGGUCUAAUCUACCAGCACCCGCAACCACCUCAGGACGCCAAGCCAGCCUUGAUGGGCGUGAGCUUCACUGUGCCGUCUGGCGAGUGCUUCGGUCUCCUUGGCGUCAACGGGGCGGGAAAGACUACCACGUUUAAGAUACUGACCGGAGAAAUACUUCCGCAUGGCGGCGACGCUUUCAUUGAUGGAUUCUCCAUAUUUCGCGACCUGUCUCAGAUUCAUCGCUACCUGGGCUAUUGUCCGCAGCACGGCGGACUUCUGGAUUGGCUGACAGGCGUCGAGACGUUAGUGCUCUACAUUCGACUGCGUGGGAUCUCGCCAACCAGCGAGUACAUCAACACGCUGCUUUACAUAUUUCACCUGGACGAAAUCGGCGAUCAACUCGUGGGAACCUACAGCUUCGGCAACCGGCGCAAACUUUCCAUAUGCAUCUCGAUGAUCGGCAUGCCUAAGGUGCUGCUGUUGGAUGAGCCAUACGACAGUGUCGAAACCACAUCGCGGAAGCGCAUCGCCAAAUACAUCAACUCUCUGCAGCAUGUUGCCAAGAUUGCCAUCGUGCUCACCUCUCACAGCCUAUCCGACGUGGAGUUCUUGUGCAACCGCAUCACCAUCCUGGGGGACGGCAAGCUGCAGUGCCUGGGGUCGCUGGCACACUUGAAGGACAAGUUUGGGAAGGGCUACACCAUCACGGUAAAGACGUACCCAGACCGCCAACAGGACUUCUCCUACCACCAAGACGUCGCUAAUGCCGUGCGUGCAAACUUCCCCGAGGCGGAGCUCGUGUACAGCUACGAGGGCCUGCUCGAGUUUCGAAUGUCUCGCGUGCAAAUGCUGUGGAGCGAAAUGUUCACGAACAUGGCUCGGGUGAAGAAGCGCUUCAAGCUGCACGACUUCUUCAUCACGGACACGUCGCUGGAGCAGAUCUUCCUCAGCGUGACGCGGAAAGAGGCCAGCGAGGCAGCAGCUAAGGCGGUCAAGGCAAAGGCGCACCACAAGUCCAAGAUCGCCUCUACGCUUGGAAUUUGAUUUCAGAUCUUUGCAAUAAACCGCGUACGAGUUCAA